AACGCUCGACAGAAGUGAUAACUUAAACCGCUUAAACCUGCUGACAUGCUUGAGAUAAAGGGAAGCCAGACAGACGGGCGCCGUAACGCGUUACGUUACGAAGCGAUAUACUUACUUCCUUAAGAAUAUAUCAUUAUCAAAAUAUUUUGAAAAUACGGCACUCCAGGCGUAGAAUAGAUUAGAUUAUUAUUAAAGUAACAUCUAUUACAGGCAAGUCGCGAGACCAACCCGAGGCCUACCCAAAUGAAAACAAAAGUCAGAAAUCGGAAUAUAAUUUUAGCAUAUCGAUCGCGUUCGAUAACAUGAACGCAAACGCACUAUUGAUAAGAAAAUUUAUAGAAUAAAAAUUAUUUUCGGCACGAAGUCCAGAGCGAAACAGUCGUUUAUUUAUUCACCGUUUCAUUCACACAACACCCAAGUUGUUUACUUUAUUAUUAUCAAAAUACCUGCUGAUAUAAUCGGGCAUGACUAUGAUAUUAAAUAGUGACAAAUGAAUUUUUUUGCGUACUAGAAGACGUGUAUAUAACAUUUCAAUAAACUUCUCAACAUUUUUUUCUCGAUACUUUUAGCUAUUAAUUGCUUCAAAAGAUCCGUGAUGUGUAUAGGCCUUGAAUCACGGCAGUAGUGUUUACACCAUCAUCGAAGAUAGCUGUUUAAUUAACUUAUUGUUACCUGUUACCAUUUUAAUUUAGGAUGACUUUUACUCCCAAUUUGGUACUGAGACGGUUAUAUUCUGAUGUUUCAAAAAAAGUGCGUGCACAAAAAUACGUGCUCACCAAAUAUUUUCAAGGAGAACCAAAAAAGAGCGAUUUUAAAAUAGUCGAGGAAGAUCUUCCAGAACUGAAGGAUGGCGAAAUAUUAGCUCAAGCCGAAUAUCUCAGUGUGGACCCAUAUAUGAGAGCCUAUAUGAUAGGAUAUAAGCUACCCACAGAUAUGAUUGGUGGUCAGGUUGCUAAAGUGAUCGACAGCAGGAAUAAAAAUAUUCCAGUAGGCGCAUACAUCACUGGUCCUUUUGGCUGGCGGACACACACAGUAACCAGUGGGGACAAAAUUUUUAGCAGUUCCAUUGAUUUACCCAUAACAGUGCUGCCAGAUUUGAGACCCUAUCCUGUAUCUCUAGCGCUGGGUAUACUUGGCAUGCCAGGUAAUACAGCGUACUUUGGUUUAAAAGAAAUAUGCCAACCGAAGGAAGGAGAGACUAUAGUAAUAACAGGUGCAGCCGGUGCAGUUGGUUCACAUGUUGGGCAAAUUGGCAAAAUAUUAGGUUGUCGUGUCAUAGGAUUUGCUGGUACCGAUGAAAAGUGUAAUUAUUUGGAAAAAGAAUUAGGAUUUGAUCGCGCGUUCAACUACAAAACGUGCAAUGUUAGAGCUGCACUCAAAGACGGGGCCCCGAAUCGCGUGGAUUGUUAUUUUGAUAAUGUGGGAGGCGAGAUCAGUUCCACAAUAAUGUCUCAUAUGAACAAAUACGGAAGGAUCGCCGUCUGCGGUUCCAUAUCAUCUUACAAUGAUACGGCACCGCCAAAAGUCACGAUUGUGCAGCCUGCAUUAGUUUUUAAAGAACUCAAAAUGGAAGGAUUUUUAGUGAACCGAUGGAAUGACCGUUGGCAAGAGGGGAUUGAUAUGAAUUUGAAGUGGUUGAAAGAAGGAAAAAUAAAAUAUCAAGAGAAAGUUUACCAUGGAUUUGAAAAUAUGGUGGAUGCGUUAUUAGGGAUUCUGAGGGGAGAAAAUACUGGAAAAGCUGUAGUUAAAGUGUAGAAAUAUUACUGACUUAUCAGUGAGAAAGGCCUAUACUGUGUAGGCAGAGCAAGGCACCAUAAAUAUGCUUUGCUUUAAUUAAAACACAUAAAAGUAUGUAUGUGUUUGAAAUUAUACGCAAUAAAUACAAAGUAGUUUUAAGAAA